AUGUUCGUGCAAACCAACAUUGCACACACACAGAUGUGCAUGAGCGAUCGCAAAAUCUGCACCACACCGCAGCUAGAAGACAGAAACCGUUUGGCCGGAAAGUGGAAAAGUCGCCAUUGUUCGCUCGUCGCGAAAAAGUUGCUUUGUGGAAGCCACGUGGAUUUAACCAAAAACCUCACACGGACUGACGUGCCAUUUCAAUCCUCUAAUAGGCCGCAUUUUUCGGAACAAACAAUUGGGGCUGAAGCCGAAAGAAACUUUCGACGCACGAUUUGGGAGGAAAAGCCAGCCCAAGCGAUCGCUCCCAAUCCACGCUCCGUUGGUGAACCGUAUCCCGUGAGCGACGACGGACAUUCGAUCGUACACGAAGAAGACAACAGACCCCUUAAAGGGGUUUUUAUUUGUACUUAUAGACUGAUUCGUCCGGUCGCUAGACGGAUUGCCUCGGAGAAAGGAGAGCCACCGGCGCGCUUCGGUGUGAACCAUCAUUUCGGCAUCGUGUUCGGAAGACAAACGGUGUGGUCGGGCCAGAGGAAGCGGCUGCAAGGAACACCGAGUGACGAGGAGCAGCGUCGAUACCAUUCAGGCCGAUCAGUGGAAGGGGACCGGGGUUGUGUCCCACGUGAACAACAACAUCAUUCCGGCAUCGAGUUCGGAAGACAAACGGUGUGGUCGGGCCAGAGGAAGCGGCCGCAAGGAACACCGAGUGAGGAGGAGCUGCGUCGAUACCAUUCAGGCCGAUCAGUGGAAGGGGACCGGGGUGGUGUCCCACGGGAGCAACACGUCCGAAGGUCGAAGUCGUCACCAGUCACCCACGGUGGUCCGAAUCAGCAUAGUUCCCGAAUCAGGUGUGCGAUGUGCUCGUGCGUUGUGCGACCGAGGAAUGCAUUGAAGAUGGUGCGAUGCAGUAGGUCAGGUAGUCACUUAUAGGACGGGCCCGUAAGUAAAGAAAGAUAAUUAGCUUGUAAGAACAUGAUUUAGUCAGGCCUUGAUGCAAAAGGGGGUCGAUAGGAGCUAGGAAGGUGGGAGAAAGCUCGAUGGGUGUAAUAAAGUCUUUGUAAAAUGUAA